AUGCAAUUCUCCAAGCUUUUCAUGGCCGCUAUGGUUGGCGUUGCAUCGGCCGCUCCUACAGUCAUUGAACAAAGAGCAAUGACUUCCGCCACCGUCGUCAGCGCCAUCAAAAACAUUACAAUCCUCAGCGGAAACCUUGAGGUCACUGUUCAAGGACUCAACUUAAGUCCAAUCUCUAUUCUCGACCCAUCUACCUUUACACCCAUCGUCCUUGGUUUCAAUGGUAUCAUCGCCAGUGUACAAGCGGACAUUUCAGCUAUGGCAUCAAACCCAAUCGGAACCCUUACUGUCAGCGGUCAAACAGAUGUCUGCAAUGCAUUCAGAGAUUUUGUUAAGGUUCACCAGGAUCUUCUAUCUGUCCUCAUUGGCAAGGCCGGAUUGUUGCAAUCACUUGGCGGCGCACCCGUUGCGGCAGUUCUUCGCACUCUCGAGGGAGUCGUCGAUACCAUUGCUUUUGGAAUCAUCAACGCUGUCCCAACUUGCGACACCGGUGCAAAAGCUCAGGCAGCGAGCCUGAAACAGACGAUCGAGAAAGCUGAAUGCGCCUACACACCUGCAGGAAUACUUGGUAUUAGCCUCACCUGCCAGAUCCUCCUUGGUCUCAGUUCCUCCUAA